AUGAUGCAUCCUAAGCUGGAGAGUCAGCUGAGUACGAAGCAAGAUCUCGGUGGCAGGGGCACGUAGCCCCGUGUUAAUACCAGGAACCUGGAGGAGGGAGCGGGAGCAGGAUCCGCAGCAGCGGUUCAGGCGCAGCAGCAGCACGGGCAGAAGUUUUCUUUGCAAAUUCCCCCCCGCACCGUAUAGUUUUUUGGCGUGUGCGCUGGGAGUUUAACUUUCCACCUCUCCCACUUCACACUACGAAGAUACCCCGUCUCCCCAUUGCAUCCCCCGCUGCCUGCUCUAUUCCCGGCCCCACCAGAACAACAGCCACAAAACUUGAUCGGAGCGUGCGAGACAGAAGGAGCCAGACGCACAGAGAAGCUCUCAAGAGGGGGAGGGGGCAGCGCUGGUGUCCCGAGCAGCGGGAGGGAGGCCACGAGGGCGAAAGAGGAACCGCAGGCAGCAGGUGCUGUGUUGCAGUAGAUGUAAUUUGAAGAAAAAUUGGAAGAACAAAUGGCUUUAGCUGGCUGCCCAGACUCCUUUUUACACCAUCCUUACCGGAUAGAUAACGUAGAUCAGACUUCAGCUCACACUCGGAGAGAUCUGGUGGAACCAGGAUUCCAAGAACCAUCUAAUCGCAUCUCUUUAAAUCACCAAGAUGAUGAUGUGGAUCUAGAAGCUUUGGUAAAUGACAUGAACUCCUCAUUUGAAAGUUUGUACUCAGUGUGCGGUAUGCAGUCAGAAACCACUCCCCUCCUUCAAAAUGGCCAGCUUAAUCGCAGCCAACUGCCAACCUCAGGAACAAGUUCUCUGCAGCCCAUGUCUCCAAGGCAGAAGGUGCAGCGGUCUCAGCCAGUGCGCAUUAUGGCAGUCAGACGUCUCCAAGAAGAAGAACAGCAGUUUAGAACAUCCUCUUUGCCAGCCAUACCAAAUCCAUUUCCAGAGCUUUGCAGUCCUACAAGCUCUCCAGUACUGGCUCCUGGAUCUUUACCUCAGAGUCAACCUGCUAGUAAGCAUGAUGUAAAAGUCUUUAGUGAAGAUGGGACAAGCAAAGUGAUCGAAAUUCUAGCAGACAUGACAGCCAGGGACCUCUGCCAGCUGCUCGUUUACAAAAGUCAUUGUGUGGAUGAUAACAGCUGGACCCUAGUGGAGCAUCACCCUCAUCUAGGAAUAGAGAGGUGCUUGGAAGACCAUGAGCUCGUAGUCCAAGUCGAGUCCACUAUGGGAAGUGAAAGUAAAUUUUUGUUCAGGAAGAAUUAUGCAAAAUAUGAAUUUUUUAAAAAUCCAAUGAAUUUCUUUCCAGAGCAGAUGGUUGCUUGGUGCCAGCAAUCAAACGGCAGCAUCCCACAAUCACAACUUUUGCAGAACUUUUUAAACUCUAGUAGCUGCCCUGAAAUUCAAGGUUUCUUGCAUGUGAAAGAAUUGGGUAGGAAAUCAUGGAAAAAGUUAUAUGUGUGUUUGAGAAGAUCAGGACUUUAUUGCUCCACAAAAGGAACUUCAAAGGAGCCAAGACACUUGCAGUUGUUAGCUGACCUAGAAGACAGCAAUAUCUUCUCAUUGAUAGCAGGCAAGAAAUUGUAUAAUGCUCCUGCAGACUAUGGAUUUUGUGUAAAGCCCAACAGAGUGAGAAAUGAAACUAAGGAAUUGAGGUUGCUGUGUGCUGAAGAUGAGCAGAGCAGAACAUGUUGGAUGACUGCAUUUAGACUCCUCAAGUAUGGAAUGCUACUGUACCAGAAUUACAGAAUUCCCCAGCAGAGAAAAAACGUGCUUCCCCACUUCUCCACUCCAGUUAGAAGUGUAUCUGAAAACUCACUAGUAGCAAUGGAUUUUUCGGGACAAAUAGGAAGAGUUAUUGAAAAUCCUGCUGAAGCACAGAGUGCCGCUUUGGAAGAAGGCCAUGCUUGGAGGAAACGCAGCACAAGAAUGAACAUCUUAGGUAGCCAAAGUCCACUCCAUCCUUCCACACUGAGCACAGUUAUCCAUAGGACACAGCACUGGUUUCAUGGCAGGAUCUCUAGGGAAGAGUCCCACAGGAUUAUUAAACAGCAAGGGCUUGUGGAUGGGCUGUUUCUCCUCCGGGACAGCCAGAGUAAUCCAAAGGCAUUUGUGCUUACACUGUGUCAUCAUCAAAAAAUCAAGCAUUUCCAAAUCUUACCGUGUGAGGAUGAUGGACAGAUAUUUUUCAGCCUCGAUGAUGGGAAUACCAAAUUCUCUGACCUAAUUCAGCUUGUUGAAUUCUACCAACUAAACAAAGGAGUCUUGCCCUGCAAACUCAAACACCACUGCAUCCGAGUGGCCUUAUGACCUUCCAUCUGACACUCACUGAAGACUGGAUUUGCUGGAAGACUGGAUUUGCUAGAAGAACAAUUGUAAGAGAAUGUUGACACUGGGGAAUUGGCAGAUGUGUAAGUUGGUUUAAAAAUAUUAUGCACCUUGGGACUCUGAAAGGGAUGGAUUCAACUGGUGCCAACAGACCAAGAUUUACUGGUUUGUCCAACACCUAAGAGUGAGUGCUGCUGAGUGUCCCAGCAUCCCAAAAAUUUGGCGGGAGGGUAUGUAAAAUCAUAAUCAAAUCUUGAAACAAAACUGGAAUCUAUCUUGGCUGGGCCACUUAACAGAAACAAGUGAUGAAGAGAAAUCUUUGAAAAGAACUCUUGCCCUGGGAUAAUCUUGACAAUUAAGACUAGUGUGUUCACUUUUUGUAUGAUCACUUUUUUUUUUUUUGCACUCCUAUUUGUUUCGGAUAUUGUAUGCAGCCUAUAUUAGGAGCUGAUGUGGCUUUUAAAUUCAUGCAAGAGUUGGGUAUUAAUCUAAACCCUAAAAUGUAUGAAAUGCUUCAGCCUAAAAGGAUCUAGAAGAAAACCCAGAAGAGUGUGAGUGUGUGUGUCACAAAACAUCUCUGGAUACCUGAGGUUCUCUCCUCUUUGAAGAAGCAGUGUGAAUACAAUUCUAAAAGAACAUACCACCAUAUGUACUCUUAAAACUGUUAACUUUUAGCAUAAUGGCUGUAGUAUGUUUGUGGCAUAUUAGUGGUACCCAGUCAUGCAAAGACUGUAUUAGUCAGACUCUAUGCACAAAUGUUUGAACCUUUUUUACUUACUGAUGGUGGUGGUUUGGGUUUUUCAGCCUGUUGAUUUUGUUGAGGAAAUUUACUAUUCCUAAAUGAAAUUGUAUGACCACACUUGGAUUUGGAACCAGCUCUUUUUGUGUGGGAAAAGUACUUACACUGAUGCUCUACUUAUUAUGACAAAAGAUCAGUGUUUUUAGCUUUAUAUCUCCUUGAAUUUUCAGACUGUUUCAAAGAGCUGUCUUUCCAGAUAGUCUACUUACAGUAACAAUGAUAUGUAGCAAAGCUCUUUUAGGGUAUAGGACUUUAAAAGAACUUGUACCCCUUUUGCUUUUGGUAGGGUCAUGAAAGUUUACAUGAUGAGGAACGUGCAAACUGGGUUUGGAAAUCCAUUUAACUAUGACUGGCGUCUUUUAACUUACUGCUGGCAACAUCCAUUCGACAACUGGUAUUUGUGACAGACACAAUAAUGCAUACCAGUAUCUAUUGUAAACUAGUAUAUAUCCUGCCUUAGUGCUGGUUCAUCAUCAGAGCUACUUUAUUGUUAAUAUUUAAAUCAAUUAUUUAAUGUUUACACAAUAACACUUUCCCUUCUGUUGAUAAACCAGUAUUGAAGCUAGGUAAGUACAAGUUGAAUGCUCUCAUUGGACUGCCGUACUGCAUAGAUCACUGUCAUUCUUUUAGCAAGAUAGUCAAUAGGUACAGGAGGUACUAUUGAAUUAACUUUAUUUUCAAAUACUCCACACAGUUUAUACAUAGCAAGAAGUGUUUCACCCUGGUAACUUUCAGAAUACUGUGGUGAGCAGAACUGUUUUCUCUUAAGACAGUAAAUGAUUUAUACCAGCUAGUCUAUGAUGAUCUCACCCUAAUUAAUAUUUGUCACAGGGUUUGCUGAAAUCCUAGCCACCUGAAAGGAUAAAGAAGGAAGAACAAUUCUGUACCUUUAGGUCUUCAUGUAGUGUUGAGAAUAGUUUAAGACAAAAACUAUAACCUGCCCGAGUCAUCCAUAUCAGCUGUAACUAUGUCAAUGGUAUAGAAACACUGUAUUUUAGUUUACAGAACACAUUCUAGUAUUUUUUUUCCAUGUAAUGUCUACAUAUAAAAAUGAAGAAACUUGAUUUAGUUUGUAGUGAAAACUUCUGGAUUUUUAACUGUACAUACUGAAUUGAGUGUUCCUGCUUUUUAGUCAGUUCAAAUGUAUUUUAAAACCUUGAAAUUAAGCUAACUUAAGUCUCAGACUUCACUCUGCAUGCUUCUAUUUGGCCCCUCUGAAGUGGGAAAAAAAUUUGUAUUGAUUACAUUCUUAUAUUCACCAAUUUCAGUAAGACCAUUUAUGCUGUAGUUUUAAGGUGUUUUUUUUUUUUUUUUUUUUUUCUGUUUACAUAGUUUAGUCUCAUCCAUUUUUCCAAUAGGCAGUUAGCAUUUGCAGUGUUUCAUAUUUAUAAAACUUGCAUUUUAUUUAAUUUGAGAAUGAAAGUUUGACUAUGAAUCAUGAUUUUGUAUGUAGAUGGUUGACUUAGUAUUUUAUACCUUUCCCAGCUAACGUGAACUGUUUUGAGAAAGUGACCACUUUCCAAGUGGCAGAAAUCUUACUUGAGCAGAUCACUGUUGUUUUUUUGUUUUGUUUUUGUUUUGGUUUUUUUCUUUCUGCUGGAAAAUAGUCAGUACCACCUUAAACUUUUCCAGCCGAUUCAGCUGGCUGCCAGCUUAGAAUACCAAGGACUGAAGGACAUUUGACUCUUAUUUUUGUAUUUAAAUGACAUGAAUGUAAAGGGGAUGCUCAGGGUUGUUUUGGAGCCUGUUGAAUUUUUAUCUUUUUUUGCCUGUGAUUUUUAUUUUCUAAAUAAAUACUUCAUGUAGCAAUCUUGAAUAUGUCGAGAAGGAAAAUGCCAAACCAUUUUGGUAAUAAAGUUACUAGUUAAGUUAUGUUACAAUAGGUGUUAAAGUACAGAAACAUUUUAUUUGUUAAUUACUCUUGAAGAAACACGUGCCUCAGUUUAGAUGUUUUGUCUUAUCUUUUCUGCACUAAAUACCUGACAGUCUGACCAAUCAAUGCACCUUUCCAGUGGCGAGACUUGCUUAUUGUAAAUUAUAUUGUCACAAUGCAAGAUUUUAGUAACUGUAAAAUGGAAUAAAGUUAAAAGUUUUCAGGGAAUGCAAAAGGUAUUAACUUAAGAGACAAAACCUUUAUUCAAUAUGCUUUGCUUCAUACUGUAAAUAGCUUUUUGGCUUGUGAACAUAAUUGUAAUCUUUCAGGUAUUUUUGUACAAAUAAGGGACUGAUAUUCUGUUUCUUGUAAUUAGAAAUAAACAUUAAUACAGUGCUAUUCAUUUUA